AGAGUUCAGCUUCUUUUUACAGAGAGCGUUUGGUUGGCACCUCCUUGGUCUGCGCUACCCGACCAUGAAUUGCCUGUGGCUUUUUGUUUUUGCAGUUGCCACAGCAUUUGAGUCUGACGAAAGUAAUGGUGAUAUACAAGUUAAUUGCAAGGACCAUUCUGUUCAUGUCAAGUGGAAAUUGGAGAAAACGAUGACUGCAAAUCCUGCUCGUCUAUUCUUGGGUAGCUGCUUUCCUUCAGUGUUCUCUAACAUGACGCAAGAUGGAGCAUAUGCAGAAUUUCACUAUCCAUUCAGUGCGUGCGGCUUCAGACGGAUCUCAACGUGGAAAUCCUUAGUGUACGAAAACCAACUAACUUACAGGCCAUUGCCCAAACCUUACCCUCCAGCUUUUACCUAUCCAGUUAGAUGUGUAUAUGACAGUCCAAAAGGUUGGACUCCUGCCUUCCAGAGUCUUUCUACUGGCGAAAUACAAGGUUAUGGGCAACUAGCCUUUCAAAUGGCAAUCCUCAAUCAUGAUUUCAGUGGUCCGGCAGAAUCCACAGUCUUUCCUUUGGGAUCUUUUGUACCUAUAUGGGCUGCUGUUGACCAGCAAGGCCAUCAGCCACUGGUACUGUUUCUGGAGGAAUGUGUAGCAUCUGCAACACCCGAAAUGAACGCAGAUACACUUAUACACCCACUCAUCACUAAUAAAGGGUGUCUUGUAGAUGGGAAGAAGAGUUUCUCCAGGUUUUUACCAAGGUUUCAAUCUUCUUCGAUUAUGCUUCACCUUCAAGCUUUCACAUUUGCUGUGGGACAAGAGGUUUACAUCCAUUGCAAGUUAAUUGCAUGGGAUCCUGAUGACCUCAAUAAAACGAAGAAGGCGUGCAAUUAUAAUAAAGCCACAGGAGAGUGGGAGCUUUUAGAUGAUCCAUUUCAGAAUUCUCUUUGCCAGUGCUGUGACUCAACCUGCAGUGGUCGUGAAAAGAAGGAUGCAGAUUUUGCACCUCAAGGACUGGUGUUAAAAUCUGUGUUAGGACCUUUGACUUUUACUGAGGAGUCCCAGUAAUUUCUGCCCCAACUGUCUGUUUCUUCUCUCAGAAAAAGGUGCUGGAUUCUUCAUCAGGAGUCAUGAAGAGCUGCCAUUUUCAGAUUAUUUUCUUUACUGCUCCAUCUUUUUUACAUUGUCUAUUAAAAACUGUGAAACGUGACUCUGUCUUUAAAUGCUUGUCAUAAAAUGUCAAUGUAAAAAUGGUAAAUCCUAAGAAAGGUUGGAUGUUAUAGAAUUCAGUGUGUAAUAGCAUAUGGUGAGGAAAAGGUUUGAGAAUUGUCUGAAAAGUUUGAGAGUUGUUGUGCAAAAUAAAAAUAUUUAAACACUUUUUAUGUAGCUCAUUUUUUUGCAACCUUUUGUAAUGCUUUAAUUAAUUAAUGAAUAAUUAAUGUAAGGUUAUUAAAAUGUAAGUAGGUGAUUCUAAUUAACACUGUUCAGCAGGAAUA